UAUUGCUCAUAUUUCUUUUAGAAUUUGGUUUCUAUUUUAGAGUUAUUUUGUUGUGGUAAUUUUUUUUGUAGAGAGAAGUGUUGGCUCCAAAAAAUUGUACAUUGUGCAUCAAGAAAUUGGGUUUGAGACUCUAUAAAUAGAUGCUUAAGUUAUUGCCCGAGUAGAGAGACAUGUAGAUAGCUAUCCUUAAAAAUUGAAAUUAGUGUUUAUUUAUAUCCAUAUUUGCUAAAUAUAAAAAAUGUAGGAGUUGUGUUUGGGAGUGUAUUUUUUAUUUAAGAUUCUUUUAGUUUCAAAUCUAAGUGGCUGAUUUAGUAGUAGUGUGUUUGUUUUUUUGGGCACCCUUACGGGGAUGGUAUGACUAAAGUCGAUCCAACGAAUUUGCAUAGCAUGAGAAAUUAGUCUUAUUUAAAAAAUAAAGGAGAGAUCAGUUGUUUGACCAUGCAAAUGUUUCACAUUUUUCAUAAAAUUCUUACCUCCAUUGACGAACACAAUUAACUUUUGACUAAAUGCUUUACUAUGUCAACAUCUCUACCAAAUGUUCUUUAUUAUCACCAAGCAUAGCUAAAAGUGAAAAUUUCAAAUUUGAAACAAUUUUUAUUCCCUAAGAUUGAUUAUGAAAAGUUUGAUGGAGUUACUAUAAUUUAUCCUCAAAUAAAAAUAGAUAAAUUACACGGCCUUUCUUAAAAUUUAUUAUAAUUAUAGAAAUUUUUUUAUAAUUUGAAAAAUUAUUCGUACCUUUCUUGAAACUAAAACUAAUCUACACAGACUACUCUUUCUAGUGACAACGUUAAAAGAUUCUCAUUUUUAUUAGAGAUUUAAGUGUUUUUUCAAAUUAUAAGAGUUUUAUGUAAUUAUAAAAAAUUAUAAGGGACAUCCGUGUAAUUUACCUAAUAAAAAUCACAAGAAUAGGGGAGGGAGAAACAGGAAUACACUAAAACAAAGGGACAAGAAUGCAAAACUCCGGCGAAGAAUAAAAACACCAAAUCAAACCCAUCGCAUUCACCGGCGAAGGUAGUUGUGACCUCCGCCCAGUUUCGAUGCAGUCGAGAACACUCUCUCUUCAUCAUUCCUACCACCACCACCUCACCUUCUUCUUCCUCCUAAAACACACUCUCUCUCUCUCUCUCUCUAUAUAUAUAUAUAUAUAUCUUUUCACGGUCACAUUUUUUUCUAUUUCUCUCUCAAGACCCACCAAUGGCUCACCUUCUCAACACCGCUUUCAUUCCCUCUUCUCCAUCUCUUCGCCGCCAAUGUACCCAUUUCUCAGCUCCACUCCACACUUCGAGAAAGCCCAUGAUUGUAUCGAAGAUCAGAGAGAUUUUCAUGCCGGCGCUGAGCUCCACCAUGACCGAGGGCAAGAUUGUGUCGUGGGUCAAGUCUGAGGGUGACAAGCUCUCCAAAGGCGAGAGUGUAGUCGUCGUCGAGUCCGACAAGGCCGACAUGGACGUCGAGACCUUCUAUGACGGUUACUUGGCCGCCAUCAUGGUCGACGAAGGCGGUGUCGCCGCCGUCGGAUCCGCGAUCGCCCUUCUCGCCGAGAACGAGGAAGAAAUAGACGAAGCUAGAUCGAAGGCUAGUAAUUCGUCUACUUCGUCUUCUCCAUCUUCUUCGGCUGAAAUUUCAGAUUCGCCUCCGCCUCCUGCGACGGCUUCGCCCGAGAAGGUGGAGGUCGCGGCGGUGUCAAUGCACCCAGCAUCUGUGGGAGGGAAGAGGGUUGUGGCUUCACCGUAUGCGAAGAAGCUAGCAAAGGACUUGAAGGUAGCUUUGAGUGGUAUGGUGGGUAGUGGGCCAAAUGGGAGGAUUGUGGCCAAGGAUGUGGAGGCCGCGGCCGCGGCCGCAAGCGGUGGUGGCGCUGUGUUGACGGAGGUGCCGAAACCGAGUGUGGGUGUGGCUCCGACUCCGGUAACGGGUAGUCCGGGGAUUGAAUUGGGUUCAGUUGUUCCAUUUUCGACAAUGCAAGGUGCUGUUAGUAGGAACAUGGUUGAAAGUCUAGCUGUGCCUUCAUUCAGAGUUGGGUACACAAUUUCAACUGAUGAACUUGAUGCUUUAUACAAGAAGAUAAAAUCAAAGGGAGUGACUAUGACAGCAUUGCUUGCAAAGGCGACGGCACUUGCAUUAGUUAAGAAUCCUGUCGUCAAUUCUAGUUGUAGAGAUGGUAAGAGCUUUACGUAUAACAGUAGUAUCAACAUUGCGGUUGCUGUAGCCAUAGAUGGUGGGUUGAUUACGCCGGUGCUUCAGGAUGCUGAUAAGGCUGAUAUAUAUACAUUGUCAAGAAAGUGGAAGGAGUUAGUUGAUAAGGCCCGGGCCAAGCAGCUGCAACCUCAUGAAUAUAAUACAGGUACUUUAACUCUCUCUAAUCUUGGAAUGUUUGGAGUGGAUUGCUUUGAUGCCAUAUUGCCACCAGGAACUGGUGCAAUCAUGGCUGUUGGAGCUUCCCAGCCUACAGUUGUUGCUUCGAAGGAUGGUCGGAUUGGCUUGAAAAGCCAGAUGCAGGUAAAUGUUACCGCUGAUCAUCGUGUCAUAUAUGGUGCCGAUCUGGCUUCAUUCUUGCAAACCCUAGCUAAGAUCAUCGAGGACCCUAAAGAUCUUACUCUCUAGAUGCUUCCUAUCGUCUGGGAUGACGUUCUCGUAGCAAGUUCCAGUGGCUCUAAUCUUGCAUCUUUAUGGAGUAGGUUUAUAGAGAAAUUCGGGAGCCAAUCACUACCUGCUCAAUCAUAUUUCUGUGAAGAUCAGCUGGAUCGGAACUUUGAGAGGAAAUUCUAUUUGCAAUUUAUCCUUGGUCUCUUGUGAGUUACAAAUUUUCAAGAUGUUGUCUUAUCAAUGAAAUGUUUUUGUUCAUUA